CAGACCUGGAGGCGAGAGGAGACAAUUAACUCCAACUAACAAAUCCUCCUCUCCGGGCUCUCCAACCCCAACCCGAACCCAAACCCUAGAAGGGACGAUCCCCAUGGCCGCCGUGCAAGAUAUCGACCGCCCGUCGGCGCCGGAUGCGCCCCCGUCCGCGGCGUCCUCCCCGCCCCCUCCUGGCCCGAUCCGGCCAUCCGUGCACCGCGCCCUCGGCGGCGGCGUAGUUGCUGAUGUGCUUCUUUGGAGGCGGAGGAACUUGGCAGUUCUCACGGCGGCCGGCGCUACGACGGUGUGGUUCCUAUUCGAUCGGGCCGGAUACAGCUUCUUGUCUGUUAUCGCGAAUGCCCUCCUCCUCCUCGUGGUCAUCCUCUUCUUUUGGGCUAAAUCUGCCUUGCUCCUCAACAGACCUCUUCCGCCCCUUCCUAAUCUCGAGAUUCCGGACGAGGUCGUGGGUAAGGCUGCCGACGGGGCUCGGGUGUGGAUCAAUCGGGCCUUGGCUGUUGGGCACGACAUUACGAUCCGAAGAGAUAGGAAGGUUUUUCUUCAGGUGCUCCUCUUGCACUUCUUUGCAUGUUCCAGGAUCGGUUUAGAUGUCGUUUGUCUGACUUUACUUUUGCUUUGGCGAUUCCUCUGCCUCAUUUUAAAGGUCAUCUUGGUUCUGUGGCUCAUCUCCUACAUUGGAAGUUUUUUCAACUUCCUUACACUUGUGUACAUAGGAGUUCUUCUGUCCAUUACACUUCCUGCUUUGUAUGACAAGUAUCAAGAUCAUGUUCAUGAAAAGCUUGGUGUGGCACAUAAUGUGGUACUGAAGCAGUAUGGGAAUAUCUUAAGCAGAGUUCAGGCACAAUCAACCAAGGAAAAGAAGACUGAGUAGCAAAUUUAUCAUUGCAACCAGAUCAAGACACUAUAACCUUAUGGGAAAACUGUUACUCGUGUUGUUUGGAGUCUUUUUUGGCAUGUUGAUCGUUUUGACUAGGAACUGGGAUGCCUUUUGAGUAAGCAGUGCCAAAAUCUCUCUUAUUGAGUCAUCUUUUACACCGUAUGUUUUGAGAACUUUUUUUUUUUUGGCGUACUAUGUUCUACCUUCAUAUUUGGCCUUCUCUCCUGCAUUUGAGAUUGAGAAAAGUGCAGAUCUUGUGCAAAUUAUUGUAGUUUGGACUGAACACCGUUUCUGAGUUUGUCAUUAGUUUCAGUAUUCUAAAGCACGUUGGGCCAUGUUUAUUGGUGCCCGGUGGCUA